AGCUGGGGGGGGGAGCAGGGAGAAAGGGAGCAUGUGCGGAGAGCAGUAGCUGUGGACCUUACAGUUGCUGCUAACUGCCCUGGUGUGUGUGCGGGAGAGAGAGGGAGGGAGGGAGAGAGCGCGCUAGCGCGAGAGAGCGAGUGAGCAGAAAAGAGGUGGAGAGGGGGGGAAUUAGCAGGAGAGGAGGAGAGGAGAGAAGGCAGGAAGAAGGCGAGGGACGAGACAACCAUGCUGUGCUGUAUGAGAAGAACCAAACAGGUUGAAAAGAAUGAUGAGGACCAAAAGAUCGAACAAGAUGGUAUCAAACCAGAAGACAAAGCUCAUAAGGCCGCGACCAAAAUCCAGGCUAGCUUCCGUGGACACAUAACAAGGAAAAAGCUCAAAGGAGAGAAGAAGGGCGAGGCCCAAGCCGCCGAGGCCGACGCGAAGGAGAAGAAGGACGGAGCCCCGGUCGCCGACGGGGUGGACAAGAAGAAAGGAGAAGGCUCCGGGGACGCGGCCGGCCCCCAGCCCGAGGAGAGCGGCCAGGCCGGAGAGACCCCCGAGGAGAAGAAGGGCGAGGGCGCCCCCGAGGCCGCCGCCCAGCCCUCGGAGGACAAGGCCGGCUCCGCGGAGACAGAAAGUGCCACGAAAGCUUCCACCGACAACUCGCCGUCCUCCAAGGCCGAAGACGCCCCAGCCCAGGAGGAGCCUAAACAAGCCGACGUGCCUGCUGCUGUCACUGCUGCUGCUGCUGCCACCGCCCCUGCUGCCGAGGACGCUGCUGCCAAGGCGACAGCCCAGCCUCCCACGGAGACCGCAGAGGGCAGCCAAGCCAAGGAGAAGAUAGAAGCUGUAGAUGAAACCAAACCUAAGGAAAGUGCCCGACAGGAUGAGGGUAAAGAAGAAGAACGUGAGGCUGACCAAGAACAUGCCUGAACUUGAAGAAAUGGCUUUCCACAUCCCUGCCCUCCCCUCGCCUGAGCCCUGUCUCCCCCCACCCUCUUCUCAGCUCCACUCUGAAGUUUCCCUUCCUGUCCUGCUCACGUCCGUGAGUCUGUCCUCUCCCACCCACUAGCCCUCUUUCUCUCUGUGUGGCAAACAUUUAAAAAAAAAAAAAAGCAGGAAAGAUCCCAAGUCAAACAGUGUGGCUUAAACAUUUUUUGUUUCUUGGUGUUGUUAUGGCGAGUUUUUGGUAAUGAUGAUCCAAUCAUUUUGGGAAAUUCUUGCACUGUAACCAAGUUUUUUGAUCUGGUGCGUGUGGCCCUGUGGGAGUCCACUUUCCUCUCUCUCUCUCUCUCUCUGUUCCAAGUGUGUGUGCAAUGUUCCGUUCAUCUGAGGAGUCCAAAAUAUCGAGUGAAUUCAAAACCAUAUUUGUUUUCCUCCUUUUCAAUGUGAUGGAAUGAACAAAAAGGAAAAAAAAAAUUCAAAAACCCAGUUUGUUUUAAAAAUAAACAAAUAAAGCAAAUGUGCCAAUUAGCGUAACUUGCGGCUGUAAGGCUCCUUUUUCAAUCUGAAUAUUAAUAAAUCAUGAGAGUAAUCAAA